CGGUCACCUUGUGAUGUGUGUUCUCUCCGCCUCUUCCCAGCUGAUGCUCGCGCCCAUUCAAUUUCUAUUCUGAGAGGAAGACUUGAGCAAGAGGGGAAAGAAAACAAGAGGGGUCUGCGGGGGUAGCGCAGUUAAAACAUCCAUGGGUGGUUGUGUGGGUAGUCACCAUGAUUCUUCAGGCAGUUUAAACGAAAAUUCUGACGGAACUGGAGUGGCUCUGGGGCGUAACCAGGCCUUGAAGAGAGAGAAGCCCAAAUGGAAGAGUGACUAUCCCAUGACGGACGGCCAGCUGCGCAGUAAGCGGGAUGAGUUCUGGGACACGGCGCCCGCCUUCGAGGGACGCAAGGAGAUCUGGGACGCGCUCAAGGCCGCCGCCCAAGCCUUUGAGAGCAACGACCAUGAAUUGGCCCAGGCCAUCAUCGACGGGGCCAGCAUAACACUGCCACACGGCGCGCUGACGGAGUGCUAUGAUGAGCUGGGAAAUCGCUACCAGCUGCCAGUCUACUGCUUGUCCCCACCCGUCAACAUGAUCGAGGAGAAGAGUGACAUUGAGAGCCUUGAGGUCAGCGAGACCCCCCCCAGCGAGGGUCAGGAGUGCCAGCUACGACUGCGUCUGUCCACGGGCCGGGACCUGCGCCUGGCGGUGAGGACCACGGAUACGGUCCAGCACAUGAAGCGGCAGCUGCAGGCGGUGGAGGGCGUGUCGGUGGCCACCCAGCGCUGGUUCUUCUCAGGCCGGCCGCUCACAGACAAGAUGAAGCUGGAGGAGCUGAAGAUCUCCAGGGACUACGUGGUGCAGGUGAUCAUCAGCCAGCCGCCCGCCCCCCUGCCCACCCAGGCACCGCCCGCCCCCACACCAACCACACCCACGUCCAUGCCCGCCACACUGCCCCAGGACCCCACGCCCGUAGAGAACUAGUGCCUGGCACCCGGAGAGACCACAAAGGGAGGACCAGCUUUUGACAAAUGGAGAUUUGGGGGCGGUUGUGAGGCAGACACGUGUCUGAGCAGAUGAAGGAGCAGGUCUGGAGACCCGAGCCGAGCUAUGUGGUCAUGUAAAGUGUUUGUUUAGAGUUGUGUGAGGGUUUGUUAAGCUGUGUGCCCUCCCUCUCUCUUCUCCUCUCUCCUCCACGAGACGGGGAGGUGUUUCUGCACGGCAUGCUGGGAUAGCAGCAGGGGUGUCUCUGUGUCUCAGCCAGAGCAGGAGGACUCUGCCUCCGCGACUGAAGACAACCAACCAGGAGCAGGAAGAGACUCCACCACAGGACCACCUGCAACCUGGCUUUUAAAACAUCUACCUUUUACAAAAACUCUUUAAAAAAAACUUGUCUUGAUUUUAGUGGAAACUGAACAACCAAAAAAUAAGAUCUGAGGAAACUGUAGGAAUAUACAGUAACAGCCCAUGUUCCAGAACCCCCUGCCUGCCUGUUCUCCAUCUCCUCUGUAACUUCUAGUCAGCCAGCUGUCAGUCCUUCUAUUGCUCUGUUUGUAAUGCACCCCACCCCCCACCCCCGUAGUAGCCUUGACCUGUAGCCUCUUUCUGCAGAUGUUACAUGUAGCUCUGCCAGUCAACUCUUCCUCCCUCUGGAGCCUUCCUCCCUCGGGAGCCUUCCUCCCUCUGGAGCCUUCCUCCCUCUGGAGCCCUCCUCCCUCGGGAGCCUUCCUCCCUCGGGA